CGGCCCUGCCCUUUGCCAUCCUGACGCUGGUGAACGCCCCGUACAAGCGAGGGUUCUACUGUGGCGAUGACUCCAUCCGCUACCCCUACCGUCCGGACACCAUCACUCACGGGCUCAUGGCCGGGGUCACCAUCACCGCCACUGUCACUCUCGUGUCGGUGGGGGAAGCGUACCUGGUAUACACGAACCGCCUCUACUCUCGCUCCCACUUCAACAACUACCUGGCCGCUGUCUACAAGGUGCUGGGAACCUUCCUGUUCGGGGCUGCCGUGAGCCAGUCGCUUACUGACCUGGCGAAGUACAUGAUCGGCCGCCUGCGGCCCAACUUCCUGGCCGUCUGUGACCCCGACUGGAGCCGGGUCAACUGCUCCAGCUACGUGCGUCUGGAGGUGUGCAGGGGGAGGCCUGCCGACGUCACCGAGGCCAGACUGUCCUUCUACUCCGGACACUCCUCCUUCGGGAUGUACUGCAUGCUCUUCCUGGCGCUCUACGUGCAGGCGCGGCUGUCCGCGUGUCCGACCACAAACACCACUGGAGCGACGUCCUCGCUGGCCUCCUGCAGGGGGCGCAGGUGGCCGGCCUCACUGUCCGCUACGUCUCUGACUUCUUCAAGGCUCGGCCCCCGCAGUGCUGCCCGGAGGAGGAGGACCUGGAACGGAAGCCCAGCCUGACCCUGACCACAGCCCUGGGCGAGGCAGACAACCACUAUGUGUACCCGGUGUCCGGAGUGGCCUGAGCCCCGCGAGGCCCAGCUCGGCCUGUGUGGGUUCCUCUGGCCCUGAGCGGGCCGGGUGCCCCAGCUGACAGGGCAGUGAGCAUGCUGUGCGGCCCCGCCCAUGGACCAGGACUCGGGGGCCUGGCACCCUGCCCCCUGCCCUCAGCACCCCUCGAGGGUCAGAUGCACGCCGUUUUUGUGAACCCUACUGGAUUUUAGUAAACGGGGCAUUCUCGGGCAGGCGGUCCCACUGCCCCUGUUCUGGCUGUG